GGCAGAUGAUAUAGCAGCUUUGUGAGCGGCCAGGUGGAACUCGCUUUUAUUUUGUUAAUUCGCCUAAGCCGUGAAACAUGAAGUCGGUUUAACGAGGUUACAGCGACGGGGACACCGGAGAAAAAUGAUUUAUUUGAUCUUGAUUUCAGCGUUUUGCGGCGCUGUUGUCACGCUGCUAUUGCAGCUGGCGCUGCUGUACCGGAGGAGCCCCGAGCGCGUCGGCAGGACGGUGCAGUAUGUGAAAGCCGCUCCCGAUCCUGCGCUGAAAGAUUACUUCAGUAACCCGCACCCGACCGAGUCGCUCCAGCAGCAGGAAAACACGACCGCCACCGCGUCCCGACCGCAAGAGGCUACCUCUCCCAAGCAACAGGACGCGAAUGCCCUCGGCACCGGUGGCCCAAGACAGCCCCCUUUCCUAAACGAGCCUCUGCAAACUACCAAAGCGGAGACGUGCGGUUUCUUAAACGCAAUCAUCUUGUUUCUAUUCCGGGAGCUCCGGGACACGCCGGUGGUCAGACACUGGAUCACGAAAAAGAUACGAGUAGAAUUCGAGGAGCUCCUCCAGACCAAGACGGCUGGGCGCCUGCUGGAAGCGCUCAGCCUACGAGACAUAUCGCUGGGCAAUUCCGUGCCGGUGUUCAAAACGGCUAAACUCAUGAAGCCCGUCGCUGUCAACGAGGACGGCAUGCCAGAGGAGCUCAAUUUCGAAGUCGACCUGGAAUACAACGGGGGCUUUCAUCUGGCCAUCGACGUAGAUUUGGUGUUCGGGAAGUCCGCCUACCUGUUCGUGAAGAUGACCCGGGUGGCAGGCCGUCUGAAACUGCAGUUUACCCGCAUGCCUUUUACGCACUGGUCCUUCUCGUUUCUGGAGGACCCUCUGAUCGACUUCGAGGUGAAGUCGCAGUUUGAAGGCCGCCCUCUGCCCCAGCUCACAUCCAUCAUAGUGAACCAGCUAAAACGAGUCAUCAAGAGGAAACACACACUGCCCAACUACAAGAUAAGGUACAAGCCCUUCUUCCCAUUCCAAGUGCAGCCGACACCGGCGUCGUCAUGUGAGCCGGCGUUCUCGAUCGGAGACAUGCGAUUGGUGGAAGGACGCCUCCGUGUGACCCUUGUUGAAUGCAGCAGGUUGUUUAUUCUGGGUUCGUAUGAGAGGAAGACAUACGUUCACUGCACUAUCGAGCUCAGCAGGCAGGAAUGGCGGGAAAAACCCCGCAGCUCCAUUAAAACGACUGAAGUCAUUAAGGGUCCAAACGGCAGCGUUGGGAUGACGUUCCGGCAUGUUCCAGCCUCUGACGGUGAUGUGGUGCACGUGAGCAUCGAGACCGUAACCCCCAGCUCCCCCGCUGCCCAGGCCGAUCUGCAGAAGGGAGAUCGCCUCAUUGCUAUUGGAGGAGUCAAAGUAACAUCAUCUGUCCAAGUUCUGAAGCUACUGAAGCAAGCAGGAGAUCGAGUGGUUGUCCUGUACGAGAGGCCAGUCAGACACCAGGUCCCAGCCAUGAGCUUAGGACCACUCCCGGAGACCCUAAACCCCCUGGAGGAUCCUGGAUACACCCCCGCUGGAGGUUACGAGGAAGACCCAGCCCACAUUACCACCAUGGACAUAACUGAUAGCAAAGACAAUGACUCUGAGUUUGAGGAACUGAUAAUGGAGUCCAAACCAGCUGGAGCUUCCGCCAGUGUAGAAGCUAAAGAUGAUUCCUUACUGUCCAUUAACCAAAGCCCUAAAAAGACUGUGGCCAACCUGGCCUCCAAGCCCCUGGGCACCAUCUCCCCAAUCCUCAACCGUAAGCUCAACCUGGCCGGCCUUCAAUCUCCGCUCAAACCCCAGCCUAAGGAAUUGCCAAAGCCGUCGCCUCACAAGAGUGCGGAGCCAUCUGAACCACCCCAGAGACCAACGGUGCCCCCCCCUCCUCCACCUGCUCGUCCCCCUGUCCCGCCCAGGCCCCACAUAAAAGUGACAUCAGCUUCAUCUGAAUCCCAGAACGCAUCGGAAGGAAAUGACUCGGCAGUGGAGAAAAGUCCGGAAAAAAUCACGCCUGCCGCAAGCAAUGGAGACAAACCUACAUCUGAGAAAAUGGCCAAUAAGGCUCUGGAGCCAAAGCCCAUAAACAAACUUCCAGAGGCCACCGACGAACUUCUCACAGCCCCCGUCACCAGUAAGCAAGAUUCAGCCAAAGAAAAAAUUGUUGAGAGCGCCUCUACUAGGAGAGACAGUGUGGAUGAGCAGAAUCUCUGGGAGUCUGCUGAGGUGAUGUUCGAGAGCAAAUCUGCUUCUUGGAGCAAAUCCUCAGUGGUGUUCGAUGUGGAAAGCAACCAUAAAUACCUUAACGUAGCACUCUGGUGCAAGGAUCCCUUUAAGCUGGGUGGUCUGCUGUGCUUGGGGCACAUCAGCUUGCAUUUGGAGCACAUAGCCCUGGAGUGCUUGUCCACUUCCUCUGCAGAAUACCAGAGCACUUUCCGUCUGUGUGCCCCAGAACCCAGAGCCAACGUCAGCCGCACUGCUCUGCGCAGUCUGAACACGCACAAGGGCUUCAGUGAGAAGCUGUGCUACGGAGACGUCACCCUCAACUUCAUCUACCUGGAAGAGGGGGAGUCGGACCUCUCCAGUGGGCUCACUGAGCGCGAGGGGAGCUUGCAUGACGAGGAACUGAAGGAACGUGAGAAGGAUCGAGACCAGGCGCCGGCAGUAACCCGGGAUGACCUGAGCUACAACCCCAUGCAGAUCGGUGAGGUCCGGCACAAUUUCCAGGACACGCAGUUCCAGAAUCCCACAUGGUGUGAAUACUGCAAGAAGAAGGUGUGGACCAAGGCCGCGUCGCAGUGCAUCGUCUGUGCCUACGUUUGCCACAAAAAGUGUCAGGAGAAGUGCCUUGCCGAGCAUCCUUUCUGCUUGGCGACUAAUGACCGGCGCAGCACGGACCCUGAGGCCAAGUCCACCAUCAACCGGGCGACCACUGGCCUGACACGCCACAUCAUCAACACCAGCUCCCGCCUACUUAAUCUGCGGCAAGUACCCAAAACCCGACUGGCAGAGCAAGUUCCAGAGGUGGGACCUGGACCGGCCGAGCCCUCUCCAAAACACACCCCCAACACCUCAGACAACGAAAGCAGCGACACGGAGACAUAUGUCGGAGCGAGCCCUUCGAAGCAGCCGCCCGGAGGCGGCGGCACCAAACUGGCGCGCAAGGAGGGCGGCUUAGACGACAGCGUCUUUAUCGCGGUGAAGGAAAUUGGCCGAGACCUGUACCGCGGCCUGCCUCCGGAUGAGCGCUCGCAGAAGCUCGAGCUGAUGCUGGACAAGCUACAGCAAGAGAUCGAUCAGGAGCUGGAGCACAACAACUCGCUGAUGUCCGAAGAGCGGGAAGCCGCUGACGCGCGACGCAAGGCCCUGGUCACGUCGGCUCUGGCCAAGUCUGGCGAGCGGCUCCAGGCCCUGACUCUGUUAAUGAUCCACUAUCGUGCUGGCAUCGAGGACCUGGAGUCCGUGGAGAGCACCUCGCCCUCCGAGCAACAUGGCUUCCCCAAAUCGAAAGCGGGAGGUCUGGAGGAAGACAUGAUGGGCACGGAGGUGUACAGCAGUGAGGUUUGCAGCCCAGUGGACGUGCAGAUGCUGGAUGAGAUUAGCGACGAGCAGAUAUGUGUGGAGGCGUUGCCGCGUUAGCUGACAGAAGGCUAGCCUCCAGGGGCUUGAGAUUCACAGCGACGCAUUUUAUCAUGGGAUUGCUGGAAAAGACAAGGACUCGCCAGCAUUUGAAUUUCAUACGAAAAUGAAGUUAGAAAGUUGUUUUCCAAAAUACCCAAAAGACUAUAACCCCCUCCCCCCGCACCCUGCUUUUUUAUGUUUUAUUUUCUUUUUUUCCCCCCUUCUUCCACUGUCAUUUUGUUCAGUAUUGUUCUCAAUCCUAGGAGUAUCAGCACAAAGUGUCAAAUAUCAAACAAGAACAACAGCUUUUACUUUCGGGGCAGUACUGGAGUUAACCUAUAUUGUCCUCGUUCGGGACCAACGUAGAAUCGUAGAUCCAAUAGAGGUUUGUGUGGUAAUCUACAGCACCAGGUUUUGCAACGAAAUAGCCCUUUUGGAAAGCCUGAUUCCAAAAAGUUCUUGUUCCAUUUCGUCUUGCCUAGACCACAGGUCCACAGGUGCUGCUGUCAGUAGAAGUUGGGUCAAAUUUUGUAUUGCUGGCAAAACCUGCAGUAGGAAAUGCAGGAGCAGGCAAGUCCACUUUGAGAGCUUCGAGACCUUUAGCUCUCGAUUGCAUUCUUCCAGUAGGAUACUAAAGUAAGUACUAAAAUGUAACCCAUAAUAUGUGAUCCACAGUUAUUUGUACACAUUUCAUCUCUGCAUGUGAGCACUUUUUAUAAUACUAGAUGUUUUUCUUUUCACUUAUAUAAUAAGUAUUUGGUUUAUUUAUGUUUUUUUUGUUUUUUUUAAAAAUGUCUCAAUAUUGCAUUACAAGGGAGUCGUUUUGACAUGGAUAGUCACCAGGUUAUGAUAUGAUAUGUAUUUUUGGACCAAUUUAGUUUUUCUUUAGUAUUGUUAAUAUGUUGCAAUGACAUGCCAAACAAAUGUGACAUGAUUCUUUGUAGCGGCAUUGUUUUCAAUUAUUUAUUAUUAGUCUUAUUGCAGGAGGAGUAUUCUUAUUGUAUUAAUAAUUGUGUGUUUUGAUUAUGGAAUAUCUUCUCUCUGUCCCUUCACAUUCAUUAGUUUGGGCCUCUGUGACUUUCAUCAUUAUGACAAACCUCAGAUACUUGAGAAAAAAUGGUUUGAAACCUUAACCCAACACAUGAUGCAAAAUGGCAUUUGUCAUUUUGGUUUAUUUGAACCAAAAUGGCAAAUGUUAGAUCAUUUUCAGACGUAGUCAUUGGCUUUUUGUUUAUCUUUUCUUUUCUUUUUAUUAUUGUUUUCUUUCUUUCUACUGUUUUUGUUUUGUAUUUUUGAUAUGCGUUUGUCACCCAUGUUUGUUUCUUUAUACCCUCGAAGCUGAUACAUUAAAUCGUCAUGAAAAGA